UGGGUUGACGUUAGUUAAAACUUGUGUCCAGCUGAAUAUCUGAACUUUGUAGCAAAAAAAUUGCCCACUGUUUGGUGUCACAAUAAUUAUCAGUAACGCUAGCCUGUUUGAUGUAAAGAUGAGUGAAAGCUAGCCUGUAGGAUGCUAAUGUAGUGGAUUUCUCCUUGCUAUAAAUCAGCUUCCAAGCUAGCCAGCUACAACCGUCCUUAAACAGCAUAGGAUAGGAUAGCUAUGCUGGCAAACUAGGUUAGAUUAGCUAGUGGCUAACAGCAGAGUGAAACAGUAAUACCUUAUAGCAGAGUGAAACAGAGGUUUGGCAUGGUAGCACUUGAGUAGUUGUUUUAUCAGCUUCAGAGAAAUGGCGAAUUUGUCAUUAGGUUCGGAUCACAUAUACAGUAGAUAGGGAGUUAUGCUAGCAUAUCUUGCUAGCGAUACUAAGGAGUUGCAGAUACAUUGGCGUUGAUAACAUCUGAAGGUUUGGGCAGUGAAAGGCACCAGUGCCUGCGGGAGCCUCCUGUCCUCUUGACGUGUCUGUCUGCUGGCGCGACGGAUGACCAGGGAGCCUGCACGUCCCGGUGUUGGACUGAUAUGGGAGAUUGGUGGACGAUGACAAUGCCAGAGCCAUCAUACGAAACCAAAGAGAUCUGCACUGUGUCCCGCCUUCUAAUGUCUCCCUCGAGGCAGAACUCAGUCCCUACCCUGCCCUCUUCCUUGCUGCUGCCUAAAAACUACACUGUAAGUGCCUUCUGCACGGAGCAGAAUGUCAGUCAGUGCACCUCCUACAUCAAUCAGGACGUGGGCUCCCUGGGCUUGUGUGGCCUGAGUGUGGAGCUGUGUGCGGGGGGCGAGGGCAUGAAGGCAGUGCCGGCCCUCAACCUCAUGUACGAGCUGCUGCAGGUGAACCGGCGCAGCCAGAGGGCCCUGGAGGAGUUGGAGACCCAGCAGCUGAAGAACACCAGCGACCUGGAGCACCUGCAGCACAGCCACGCCAGACUCAAGGAUCAGUUAGAGCACAUUAGGAGAGAGAACUCGGGAUUGCAUGAAGGCGAGAGACAGCUGCAGCUCAAAAUCAAGACCUUGCAGAGUUGUCUCAAGUCCGAAAAAGAGGAAGUGCAGAAAUUACAGAGCAUCAUCUCAGGCCGUGCCACUCAAUACAACCACGAUGCCAAGAGGAAGGAGAGAGAAUGCACCAAACUAAAGGAAAGACUCAACCAGUUACUGGUGGACAAGAGAGACAAGAAACUAGCCAUCGAGGUGUCAAAUACCAUUGGAAGGUCAGAUGGGAAGAGAGGCCUUUGGAAGACUGGCAAGGCAGAAGCUAGACAUGAAGGGGAAAUGUACACGGCUCUGCUGAAUGAUUAUGAGGCUCGGCAGAGGUCUCUGAUGGUGGAGAAUGCUGAGCUGAAGAAGGUGCUUCAGCAGAUGAAGAAGGACAUGGUGUCCAUUUUGAGUCCAAAGAAGUCUGUGGCCAAAGGAGAGGUCCCAGAUGACAGCUUAGAGCCACUGUGCUCGGACGCGGAGGAGGACGCGUGUGAGUCGAGCAGGGAGAGCCUGGAGCAGUCGUGCGAACAGGCCCGCGAGCAGCUCACCAACAGCAUCCGCCAGCAGUGGAGGAGACUGAAGAACCACAUGGAGCGCUUGGACUGCCAAGCGUCCCUGGCGGCGUGUCAGGAGCGGGAGGGCGAGGAGCUCAUCUCCAGGCGGGUCCACGAGGAGGAGCUGCAGCGCAUGAGGCUGGAGCUGCAGCAGUCCCGAGACUUCAUCCAGGCCCAGCAGCAGCUCUGGCAGGUCAGAUACACACCAACACUCCACUCCACACACACCAGCACAUGUAUCACUCAAGUCAGGACAGUGCCCUUUUAGGGAGACCAUGGGAGACCUUCCCAAAAGAGUUGUUUAGAUUAGUCGUUAAUAGAAAUGGAGAAGGUCCCUAUUCUGUGAGAAUGGGAAGUUUCUUCAGCUGCAUUUCACUGGAUUUGGAUUUAAACUGUAAUUGUACCCAG